GAAUGUCAGCUGAGUUAGUGAGGUUGUGAAAAGGUGACAUUUUGACAAUCAGCUGACUGACGAAAACAUACAUAAACCAACAUAAACACAGUGCAAAAUGGAAUUUUCCAAAAGAACGAUUCCCUUGAAAAUCCGGCGGUAUGAUCUCUCAGAUAAUCCCGAAACUACAGAAAAAGACCUAAUUGUAUAUCCCAGCAUGGACUAUAAGGCAAUCAAAGCGGAGCUGUUUAAGAUGUGCGAAGCCUAUCCAGACAAGCAGGUGUUGAAACUGCGAAAUCCCAAAAAUUGCCUGAUUCCCAUUUCAUUCCUCGUAGAAAACGAGGAGCCCUAUUUUAUCGUUGAUGUGGCUGCAAUCUCCUGCUUUGGAAACAACAGCAACAGCCUGCUGCAGGACGCCUAUGUGGACUCCGUGUGCAACAGGGUGAAGUUUUUAGAGUCCAGAGUAGCUCAAGCUGAACUGCUCCUACCCCAAUUGGAGUGGAGAAGACAAUCCUACAUGGAGGACACAGUGUCAGGGCUUUUGAAUAAAGUCCAGUUCCUAAACAGGCGAUUUGAUGAACUCUAUCCGAAGUACAAAGCAGGGACUUUGGUUCAAGAUUUAUCGCCGUAGAGACACUGUUCACCGCGAGAAAAUUUGAUGCUAACGUUUGGGCUGGAAACCUUUUUUGUUUUACAUUCACCAUGCACUAGAGAGUUGUGAGCCGUUUGAGCACCACCGUUGUAUAAGUUUGAUGUGAAGAUUUAUCCAGUUUACUAAGGAAAAUAAAGAAUACCAUUCUAAA